CAGUCAAACUCUUCCGGGUAAAUUCUGUGCAACAGUAAACAAUAACAUGAGGACACAACCGGAAUUGUGUAACAUCUUCUAACAAACAGAACCACCGUGGUUGUCAUUUGGACACAACGUCGCCUCUGGUUCUACGUUUAAUCUGGAACACAUUUGCCCUCCACAGCCAUGUUGUUCCUCCGGACUGCGGCUCUGAGCUCCAGAGCUCUGACCGCUCUGCGCAGCCUGCCCGUCGGCUACACAGCCUCCAGAAGCACCGCUACGUACGUCCAGGGCCAGAGCCCCGAACCACGCAUCAGAGAAUACUUCUACUAUAUCGACCAUCAGGGACAGCUUUUCCUUGAUGACACUAAAGUGAAAAACUUUGUCACCUGCUUUAAAGAUAAACAGUUCCUGGUCUUCUUCUUCAGUCGGCUGCGUUUCAAUCAGAGCGGCCGUUAUGAGGAGGACUUCCCCUUCCUAUCUCUGUGCGGCAGGGAGAGGAACUUCCUGCGCUGCGAUGACCGACCUGUGGUCUUCACCCACCUGCUACAGAGCCCCGCAGGGCCACAGGGCAUCAUGGGAGAGCAGGAGCUGCUGUCGUACUGCGGCGGUGCGGAGAAGCUCUGCGUCCCGUUCCGCCCAGAGGCUCUGUUCAUGCAUCCUAUCAGCGGACGAGUUUAUCACCCCUGCUCAGAGCGCUCAGGAGGGGUUGGCCUGGUCAGGUCGGCUCUGGCCAUCGAGCUCAGCCCGUUCUUUGUUUACGUGCAUGAAAGUGGCCAAUCAGGACAGCCUACACACUUUCUUUGGAGAGGACAGAAGCACACACUGACCAAUGAGCUCGCAGGAUGCCUCCCUACAGCAGAGGAGGGCAGUGGGCAGCAUGGAGAACUAGGAUAACGUCAGCUCAGAUCACUGGUAUAUGUUAUUCUGUAAAAUGCCCACAAUACACUAUCAGCUCCCUGUUCUGAUAAUUGGAAAAGGCUAUGUUAAGGCCUCACAGCUGUGAUCACAGUCUGAUCAGUAGUGAUUCAAGCCUGGACCAGUCCUGCAUAAUGUGAUGUGUGAGAAAUGAACCAUGAAAUUCACUAAUGAAUCAUGGCUCCCAUCUUUAUUUGGCUUGAACUACACAAAGCAAUGUCUGAUUUUGUCUUCUUGCUUUAGGUGCAGCUCAGCCAAAGAGUGAUUUUGCCCUCAGAGACUGUUUCAUUUGAAUCACCUAAAUGGUCCUGAAGAGGUAAAAUUACCCAGAAUAUCAAAAGGAAGCAUCAAGGAAGAGUCUGUAAGAUUUACAUAAUUUUGUGUGCAUAAUUUCAGGUGAUCUUGCUGUUCAUCUCAUAGCAUGUUAGAUUCACAAUGUGCAAGUAUUUGGUUGUGGCUUCUCUCAAAUUCUUUGGAAAAAAAACAAGUUAAUUCAGUUUUGCACUGAGCUCAGACUGUGUUUCUGUGUUCUGUCAUUUAAAGAUUAACAAAAAGAAAUCUUUAAAACUUGGCGGCAAUGUCAGUUAUUGUAUUGAAUAUACUCAAGAGGAGCGAGUUGUUCAUUUAAUACAUUAGGCACAAUUGAAUAUAUAAAUACCUUGCAGCAAACUGAUUAGACACAGACUCUGAGAACUGGUAUGCUUGCAUUGAAAGAAAAUACAUAGUCUCACGGUAUUUAUUGAUAAAUGGUCCAUACCAUAAGGGGCACUGGCUACUGAACUUUGUUUUGGAAACAUUCUGGAGUGAGAUAUUGCCUUGAAUAUAAGACCUACUUCAUAUUACAUCCCUUGCUAAUUUUUUUGGCGCUGCAAUUCUUAACAUUUUUACUUUGUUGCUAACAAAUAGUGAAUUUUUACAUUGUACACUGAAAGUUCUUAGUGUGUCAAAAAUCACCGGCAGUCCAUAGAUAACUUUCUCUGGAAAAUGAAAAGGGUAUCACAGAGUUAUUAAAAUGCAUCUUGGUGUUGUUAUGUCUGAGCAUCCAAAAUUAUAGAACCACAUUUUCAAUAAAUAACCUUGGGUCUCAAAAAACA